UUUCCAUUGCCAAACACUUAUAAAAUAAAAACCUGUUGCCUUCUUCAUCUACAGAAGUAUUGGUGAUAGGACCAAGAUAUUUUUUUUUCCCUCCCACCUUUAGAUGCUUGCAAAAUUGUACUUUGCCAAUACAAAAUGGAUAAUUCGGGAUUUGAGCUGGAUGAAGAAGCACCUCCAAGCAACUUCUCCAAGCCAGAAAAGAUUAAGCAAGAAUAUCAUGUGAAAAAGAGCCACUGGUCUCUACUCCAUGUCUUUCUGGUUUGUCUGUUGGCCUGUGCAAUAACUACAGUGGUGGGGGUGUUGAUUCUGUCUCUGGUUUAUGUUAGCACCCCUGGUUUUAAAAGACAAGAGCAUGAAACUUCCCAGCAAAUUCCAAUAACAUCUGCCUACAAGAACCAGGUGGACCUCAAGUUCCAGUUUCUCCACCAUCAUACGAAAUCCAAGAUGCACCAAUUUCCAGGAGGUGCGAUUCAGUGGUCAAGAUUUCGCAGAAAUGGCGAUGAAUACCAGAACAUGGAAGAAAUGGCGUUUGGAACAAGCAUCAAUGCUCAGCGUUCCAAGAUAAUGUUUGGGACUCUUCUGAUCAAAAGUGAAGGUUUGCGUGCUCCACACUGGCAUUUCAAUGCCAAUGAACAAGGUUACCUCUUAAAGGGAACUGCGUGGAUUGGGGUAGUUGAUGCUGGUGGAGAUACAAUAUCUACAUACAACGUCACGGCAGGACAGAUUAUUUUCUUCCCACGAAAUACCUUGCAUUGGAUCAAGAAUGUCGGUGUAGAAGAGUGUUUGUUCUUGUUGUUUUUUACAACCCAUGAGGAACUUCAGACUAUGGAUCUUGAUGAUACAUUUUUCUUGACACCGAAAGACAUUGAGGCAAGAUCUCUAAAGCCUGAAGGUGGUAUGGAUUUCAUCCGAUCAUUCCAGAAACAAGCAGAAGACCAAGCCGUCAAUCUUCCACCUAACCUAGCGGAGCUUGUUCAGAAUACCAACUACAACCAGUCAGCAGAUAUGCUUGUAUGGCGGUACUUCUUUGACUUAAAAGGAUCUUCCAAAUUCCAGUUUCCAGGAGGAGUCAUCCAGUGGGCUCGAUAUAUAAAAGACGGGAAUGGCUUAAAACCCAAUGAAAAAAUUUACAGUGAAUUUCUCCAUUCGAAGGAAGAUGCUCUUACUUUAGCAACACUCCGGAUCUUCAGCAAUGCUUUACGUCAGCCCCAUUUCCAUUUCAAUGCCAAUGAAAUGGGCUACGUCAUCAGUGGCUGCGGAAAGGUAGGUGUUAUUGUUUCAUCUACUGUUUCUACUGACUUUACCAUUGAAGUUGGAGAUGUUGUGUUCUUCCCAGUUGGAACCCAACACUACAUCAAGAGCACAUGUGAUGAGGACCUGCUUCUCAUUUUGGCAUUUAGCACCAGCAACCAGUUGGAAACUCUAGAUAUGGAUGACUAUUUUCAUGCAACAGCAGACCAUAUAUUAGCACAGCUGUUCUUCAAAAAGCAAGCUGAAUUUAAGAAGAUCCCACGGUUGAAGGAGGAUCAGGCAAUUAAUCUACCAUAGCAGCUUAUUCUUAUUCUAGUUUUUCGAUUUUAAUUCUAAUAUAUAAGCUACCUAGAGUUGCCUUUGCAACUGAGGUGGUACAUCAGUUGAUUAAUUAAAAAAAAUCAACAGCAGUAAAAGGACAUCUCUAUCCAUUCUUUUUUUUAAGAAUGCCAAAGGAACCUGUCAUUUUCUAAUCUUGUGGUUGACUUUUAUAAUAUACUUCAAAUAAAAUAAUUUAACAACUGA